AUGUAUUUAAACUCAAUUUAUGGAGAAUCGGUUGCCCCAGAAGAAUGUGGUUUUAAGUUAUUCUUCCUGGACUCCAAUGCCUGCACCAGAACGAUUAAAAUUUCUUGGAGCAAAGAUAAGGUCAAGCCAUCCGAGAGAGUCUCCCUUAAAAUUAGUACAACAGAACCAGGGUCUGUGGUUGGACUUGCAGUUGUUGAUAAAAGUACAAAGCUUCUAGGAGAAAGUAGUGACAUAAGAGAAGAUUCUGUUUUCCAUGAGCUCAAUUUGUACAGCACAGUACAGUAUUUCCCACUGGUCAGAGGUUCUUUUGGUGUCUUUCAGAAAUGCAGCGUUUGGGUAUCAACUGAUGCAAUUCUUGAGGAGGAUAAGGAACAUUUUCUUUAUGGUGGAAUGAUACCCAUAGAGGAUGGUUUCGUUGAUGAUGUGUCGAUUCCUAGAAAUGGACCUCUUGAUUUCAGCAAUCUUUAUGUGAGGACAAAUUUUCCAGAGACUUGGCUUUGGAUUGAUACUAAAACUAGAUCUGACACAGACACCACAAUGGAAGUCAUUGUACCGGAUACGAUCACAUCCUGGGUAGCCAGUGCUUUUGUGAUGUCUGAAAACAGUGGGCUUGGAGUGACAACGCCGGUGGAGCUAGAAGCUUUUCAACCUUUCUUCAUUUUCUUGAACCUUCCAUACUCUGUCAUUAGAGGAGAGGAGUUCAUUUCGGAAGUGAACAUCUUUAAUUAUUUGAAAGAAGAAGCUGAGGUUACUGUGAUCCUGGAUGUGAACGAUGCUUUUGAAAUUAUUUUAACAUCCAAUGAAAUAAACGCCACACAAAAUCAACAGUCUGUAUCUGUGCCAAGUGAAGAUGGGAAAACUGUUCAAUUCCCAAUCAAGCCGAAACAACUGGGGGAGAUUCCCAUCAAAGUGACAGCAAUAUCGUCUACUGCUUCUGACGCUGUCAUCCAAAAAGUUUUAGUCAAGGCUGAAGGAUUGGAACAGACGUAUUCUGAGACAGUCCUUUUGGAUUUGACUGGGAAUAAAGCACAAACAGUGUCAAAAACUUUGGAUUUCACUUUUCCGUCUGAUGUUGUAAGUGGAAGUGAGAGAGUGCAGGUCACUGCUGUUGGUGAUUUACUUGGGCCUUCUAUCGAUGGUUUGUCAUCAUUGAUUAAAAUGCCUUAUGGUUGCGGUGAACAGAACAUGAUCAAUUUUGCUCCAAAUGUUUAUGUUUUGCAAUACCUGACUAAAACCAGGCAGCUGAGAGAGGAUAUUAAAUCAAAAGCUGUGUCAUUUAUGAGAAAAGGCUACCAGAGAGAGCUGCUUUUCCAGAGGGAUGAUGGCUCUUUUAGUGCCUUUGGAAAUGAAGAUCCCUCUGGGAGCACAUGGUUAUCAGCUUUUGUAUUAAGAUGUUUCCUUCAAGCUCGUCCAUUCAUAGAUAUUGACCAAAAUGUACUCAUGGAUACAGCUAAAUGGAUUGUCCGGCAUCAGAAAUUAAAUGGAGAAUUUAGUGAGCCUGGGAAGGUGUUACACAGUGAUCUUCAAGGAGGCACCAAUAAUCCAGUCACUCUCACAGCUUACGUCAUGUCAUCCCUCCUAGGCUUUGCAGAUAAACAGAAUGCUUAUGUCAUCAAGAGUGCUACAAACUUUCUAGAAGAUAAAUUAGAAGAAGGCAUUUUGAAUAAUUACACUUUGGCACUAGUGACAUAUGCUUUGUCCUGGGCAAAAAGUGCAAAAGCAAAGGAAGCACUGAAUAUGCUGAACCAGAGAGCAGAACACCAAGGAGAAUUUCGUUUCUGGAUAACACCUGCUUCUGAAAUUUCUGACUCAUGGCAGCCACGGUCCAUCGAUAUUGAACUUGCAGCAUAUGCUCUGCUCUCGCACUUUCAUCAAGACAGAAUAGCAGAGGGGAUCCCUGUUAUGAAAUGGUUAAGUCAGCAAAGAAAUCACCUUGGGGGAUUUUCAUCUACUCAGGACACAGUGGUGGCUCUGCAAGCCUUGAGUCUGUUCGCGGCUCUCACUACUGCGAGCAGAACAGAAAUGGAUGUAACAGUGACAGCACCUUCUCUGGAAAUCCCAGAAACAUUUUCGAUUGAUACUCAAAACUGUUUUCUGCUUCAGACCAAGGAGAUUGCUCCUGCACAACCAAUGACAGUUACGGUGGUAGCGGAGGGAACAGGAUUUGCUGUCUUUCAGCUCAAUGUUAUUUACAACACAAAACACACUGAUCAGAGGCUCAGAUCUGUCCGAAAAAAAGAAGCCUUUGACUUGACUGUUGAUGUAAAGGAUGACAAAGAUGAUAAAAACCGUUUGACCUUGAAUGUGUGCACAAGGUACUUGGGUUCUGGCACAGCUCCCUGGAGUGGUAUGGUCCUCAUGGAGGUUGGCUUACUCAGUGGUUUCUCUGUGUCACCAGAUUUCGUUCCAUUAGACAAUACAGUUAAGAAGAUGGAAAAGGAUAAUGGAAAAGUCAACCUAUACUUAGACUCUCUAAAUGAAACACAGGUUUGUAUGGAUAUUCCAGCUGUGAGGGACUUCAAAGUGGCAAAUACCCAGGAUGCUUCAGUGACCGUCGUGGAUUACUAUGAACCCACUAGGAGAUACAUAAGGACUCCUCAUACAGAAGUGAUGCAAAGUGUAAUCCCUUGUGACUUCUGUCAAAGUGAUUGCAGCCUUUGCCACCGAGACGGUUCUCCGGCUUUGCUUCAGCACUCCUCGUUGGCCUCCUUCUUCUGUGUGCUGUUUGUCCUCCAUGUGAAUUUGCUGUGCAGUUGGGUGCUGUAA